AUACCCAAAAAAAUCUAUCAGAAGAUCUGGAUUAUAUAUAGCUUGUCUCCCUAAUAGAUCAGUAUGGCUACAUCUACCUUGACACCUAUGGUUUCUGUUUUCUCACCCAUACAAUGGGAGGGUUUCUAAAUUCCUAAGACUUCAUGAUUUUAGUGAGUGUCUCCAAGUAGUUUCCUCUAUACUUCUACUUGUUGGUUGAUAAGCUACAUGAAAUGCUUUUUCUAUCCAUCAGAAUUUCCUCACAUAUUUUCAAGCUCUUUAAGGUAGUAUGCUAUUUUCAAUUUGUCAUUCUUUCAGAGAUACAGUAAUUUGAAGAAGUGAUACAGCAAAAGUGAAAUGACCCUCAGUAUUAAAGUUUGAUUCUGACAAUAUCUAAAUAUCACAUGAAAGGCAAAUUAGCAUUUGGAUUAUUAUGUAAAUGUUGAAUUCACAUGAUAAAUCAUUAAGUGUCUUGAGAAGUCUAUGAUUUAUUAACUAAAGCAUUGACUUUAAUCAGUAAUUUUUUCUGAUAUAAUAUCUGGCAAGGAUGAGAAAUUUGUUCAUUCGUAACGCUCCUCCUCUAAAAUUCUGAUGUUUUUAUGAAGUUAUUUGGCAUUGUUAGGUAACCUAGGAAGGAAAUAGAAGGCCCUUUUGCUCAGGAAACAGAGGGCAUAAACACUCUUUCACUGUGUUUUGCUUUUCAGCAUUCUUUAUGACUUUCUGAUGAAUGUGAAAAAAAAUCCCAAGACCAUUUAAAGCCUGUUUUUAAAGGAUAGUUUGUUAUGAAACUAUAGGCUAUAACUGCAGUAAAAUCACAUGCCGUUGGCCCCAUCCUUCCCAUUCCAACCCAGGACCAUAGAACUCUCUCACUACAUUUUGAAAUACCUUCAUGGAAUUUUGAAAUGCUAUACUUGCGUAGAUCUUUGAGGCUACACCAGUGCUAGAAAAGUUAUGAAACCUAGCUCUGCACUUCCUAUUAGUUAGUUCUUCACCAUGUCAGACAGAAGAUGUGUGCGUGUCUGGUGUCUAAAUACAGACUUUUAGGUUUUACCCAUAAAUCAGAGAUCCAAAUAAUUGCUCCACAAGCAGGAAAAAAGUAUGAUUAAUCAGAAGAAUAAAAGGCACUGCUGGAUGUUGUUGGAAAAAAGUCCUUUAUGGGGGGCUGCAGCAGUACCUGUCCAAAGAUCACUGUUGUUCCACCUUAUUUGAAAAGAAGCACGACCCCACAGGUUGAUCAGAAUGUAUCUAACGAAGAGGCUCAGGGAAUAAAUGGAAAAACGCCCGCGAAACACUCAGCUGCAAGUCCAAAGCCACAAGUGCCUCCAAAGCCAUUGCAUCUGCAGAAUUCACCUUCGUCCAAUAUACACCAAACCCCCAGGCAUAAAGCUUUAUCUAGUGAGAAACCAAGGAUGGAGGAAGUUAAACCUGCCUCUGCUUCUUGUGUCUCAAAAGAAAAACCCAGUAAGGUAUCAGAUCUCAUCAGUCGCUUUGAAGGAGGCAGCACAUUAUCAAAUUACAGUGAUUUGAAGAAAGAUUCUGGUGUGAACCUGAAUGUUCCUAGGACCCCAGGAAGGCACGGACUGGCAACCACCCCUCAGCAAAAGCUCCUCUCCCAGCACCCACCACCGAAGCUAGAAAAUGACACUGAUCCAACUCAGGGUGUACAGACUGGUGUGGCUAAUGGUGUGAUAGCUGCACAAAACGAAUGGGAGGAGGAUAAAGCGGCCACUCUUAGCCCAGAAACUCCAGUUCAAGCUCUGGAACCCUUGCUUGCUGUGAGCCUAGUGAACGGAGAAGGAGAGGAGGAAUCGACCACAGGCCCUGCAUCUCCCACAGCAAAGGAUGAUGACGGAAAUACUGCUGACAGUAGCUGCAGGACUCCCAGGGUCAGCCAGGUGCUCCCCCUGGAAGAAGGAAGGGCAGACACGGACGCCCAGGUGCAAGAGCGGGAAGAUGGAGAAAGCCCUCUGGAAUCGGACCAGCUGGACCCGCACCCCGAGAUGAAGGAAACUAAUGAGCAAAAACUUCACAAAAUAGCCAACGAACUUUUGCUUACAGAAAGAGCUUAUGUCAACCGACUUGACCUCUUAGAUCAGGUAUUUUACUGCAAAUUAUUAGAAGAAGCAAAUCGAGGCUCAUUUCCAGCAGAGAUGGUGAAUAAAAUCUUUUCUAAUAUUUCAUCAAUAAAUGCCUUCCAUAGUAAAUUCCUAUUGCCAGAGCUGGAAAAACGAAUGCAAGAAUGGGAAACAACCCCUAGAAUUGGUGACAUCCUUCAGAAAUUGGCACCAUUCCUUAAGAUGUAUGGAGAAUAUGUGAAAGGAUUUGAUAACGCAAUGGAAUUGGUUAAAAACAUGACCGAGCGUAUUCCCCAGUUCAAAUCAGUAGUUGAAGAAAUUCAGAAACAGAAGAUCUGUGGGAGCUUGACUUUGCAGCAUCACAUGCUGGAGCCUGUUCAGCGGAUUCCCCGGUAUGAGAUGCUCCUGAAGGACUACCUGAGGAAGUUGCCCCCUGAUUCUCCAGACUGGAAUGAUGCUAAAAAAUCACUUGAAAUUAUAUCUACAGCAGCAAGCCAUUCUAAUAGUGCAAUAAGAAAAAUGGAGAACCUAAAGAAACUGUUAGAGAUUUAUGAAAUGUUGGGAGAGGAGGAAGACAUUGUAAAUCCUUCAAAUGAACUAAUAAAAGAGGGACAAAUCCUCAAACUUGCUGCUCGGAACACAUCAGCACAAGAACGCUACCUUUUCUUAUUCAACAACAUGUUGCUGUACUGUGUACCAAGAUUCAGCUUGGUGGGCUCUAAAUUCACAGUUCGAACCAGGGUUGGCAUCGAUGGAAUGAAAAUUGUGGAGACUCACAAUGAAGAAUAUCCACACACUUUCCAGGUGUCUGGGAAAGAGAGAACACUGGAAUUGCAAGCCAGUUCUGAGCAAGACAAAGAAGAAUGGAUUAAGGCUCUUCAAGAGACCAUUGAUGCUUUCCAUCAGAGGCAUGAAACCUUCAGAAAUGCAAUUGCAAAGGAUAAUGACAUGCAGUCAGAAGUUUCUACUGCUGAGCUGGGAAAAAGAGCUCCGAGAUGGAUCCGAGAUAACGAAGUAACGAUGUGUAUGAAAUGCAAAGAGUCUUUCAAUGCACUGACAAGAAGAAGGCAUCAUUGUCGAGCAUGUGGACAUGUGGUUUGUUGGAAGUGUUCUGAUUACAAAGCUCAACUUGAGUACGAUGGUGGAAAAUUAAACAAAGUUUGUAAAGACUGUUAUCAAAUAAUAAGUGGAUUCACAGAUAGUGAAGAAAAAAAAAGAAAAGGAAUUUUAGAGAUUGAAUCAGCAGAAGUAUCUGGAAACAGUGUAGUGUGCAGCUUUCUUCAGUAUAUGGAGAAGUCAAAACCUUGGCAGAAAGCUUGGUGUGUGAUCCCCAAACAAGACCCUCUUGUGCUGUACAUGUACGGUGCCCCCCAGGACGUCCGAGCCCAGGCCACCAUUCCACUCCUCGGCUAUGUUGUGGACGAUCUGCCAAAGAGUGCAGACCUGCCCCACAGUUUCAAACUGACCCAGUCCAAGUCUGUGCACAGCUUUGCUGCAGACAGUGAGGAACUGAAACAGAAGUGGCUGAAAAUCAUCUUUUUAGCUGUCACAGGUGAGACACCAGAUGGUCCCAACAAGCAUCCAGCCACCUUGGAUGAUCAUGCUGAACCUAAGAAAAAAUUAGAAUGCUGAACUCCAGGACCACCCAUGACAUGGAGGUCUCAAGAUUUACAGCCCAAGACAUUCCCAGCCCUCCUUAUUCAUCUCUUAGCACUUUAUGUUGGAAAAUAUAGGCUCAUAAAUGCAUCUUUUGAGGGACUAUUUUCCUAUGUUUCUGUACCCUUAGUGAAACUGAUGUGCAGAGCCAUUCUACCGAUAAAAGUUUGAAAUAAUGUGAAAAUGGAGCAUUUUUUAAUGAGCUAUUCCUUGCAUAUGUACUUUUGUCUUGAAGAAGAUGGUAUCAAUGGAUUCUAUCACUAUCAGGUUAGAAUAGGCCACUUGCUUCUAAGGUCCUUCCAUGUCUUCUCCCUCACAGGUAGGACUUGUAAUAGUUUGAAAGAUAUACCUCCAUGUUGCCAAAAUAGAUCCGUGGUAUUAAAAAAAAAAAAAUACAGGGACAGUUUAGGCGAUUAACUUAUUUAAUUUAGUUUAUAAAGCUCAAGCUGCAUAAACAAUGUAAGGUCUUUUAAAACAAAAAGGACAAAUUGUUGACAUUCAAACUUUCAACUUAUUAAGAAAAGAUAGUACUUGUUUUUGUAGAAAUAUUCCUAAGAAGAAACUAUCUCAAGUAUAUAGCAAUUAUGUGUAUAUAGUAUUAAAUAUGGAUAUAAUUAUAUUAUACAUGCUUUUCUCUUCAGCUUUAGGUUCAUAUUUGUCUCUAAUUUAUUUUUUAAAUAUAAAGCAUGUUUUAUCUUGGAUUUGAACAAUUUCAGAAAUGUUUUUGGUGGUUUAUGUUUAACUGAUUGACAUCUAAGGGUAUUGAUAUUUUUAUAAUAAGAAAAAGCAGUAAUUUAUGUGGCAUGGGAUAUAUUAGUUCCAACAGUAUUUUUAAAGUACUAUUUUUUUCGUUCUGUGCCUAUUUAAAACAGUGCCUCUCUUUGAAGGUGCUAAUAAUACCUAUUUAAAUAUAUAAUGAGGGUUUAAUUAAUGCUUCAGUCUUGAGUAUUUGGCCACUGGGGUGGUCGAAGUCACACAGGUUAUUUUACCUUUCACAGUCCUGCAAUUGUUGCAGCAGUUAAUAUCAGCAUGUGCAAAAAUGUUCACAGAAACCUAAACUGUACAAGAUACCUGACUUUAUAUAGAACUGGGACAUAUGGAAACUGCGUUUAUUGUAAUGUUUUUCUAUUCUGUAAGGCUAUUAAGCAUGGUUAAAUGAGGACUAUACAUAAUUAACACUUAGAUAACUAUGUGGGCCUAUGCCUUCAUCAGAUGGGAAACGAAAUUCACAUGUGUUAACCUGUGUUUGAGGGGCAGGUAAAUAGAAAUUAGAGGGAGUUUAUGCUCAACUCUUUAAACCACCUCAGUGAAGAAAAGGAGGGGGAAAACACAGUAAUGAAAAGCAAUAUUUUAAUAGCAGGUUUGGGAGGUACAAGAUGUUUGAAGAGAGUCUGAGCAUUUUUUCCCAUCAUUUGGGGAAUUCUUAAUAGUCAAAACAUGAUUUCUUAUCACAAAGGCUGCUCUUCAUUAUAUUGUGGUUGUGAUUAAGAUCUCACAUUAAAUUGGCUAUUUAAGUUAAUCUUUUUCUCAGAUUAGGUAUUUUUUUACCCAUUUACCCUGUUAAGCCCCAAACAUUAUCACUUUUAAAUGCCUAAGUCUGCUAGAAAUCCACAAGAAUGACCCCACUGUCUUGGCUUUUGAAAAUUAUCUUUUUUUUUUUUAAGAUUUUAUUUAUUUCUUUGACAGACAGAGAUCACAAGUAA